CCCCUCCUCAUUAUACAAACAACUAUAAUAGGAAUGUACGUGUAUUCACUAAUAGUUAUGCAAAGUAUCAUACAAGCUAUAGUACCUCGAGAAAUCGAAAACUGCACUUUCGUUAUUGGCGUACAAACAUUUUGUUCUUAUUUCGAUUCCCGACGACGUACAUAGCGAUUGAACUCUUUUUUUCUUCUUCUUCUUCUUAUAUACGGUGAAAUCGAUAAAUCUUAUUUGUUUAUAAUUAUAGAUCAAGGUAUUUUCAUGAUAAAACUUGUGUGUGUGUGUGUGAUGGACAUCCAUUUUUUUCUAUUUUGUAAUUUAGAAUCUCACUAUACUUAAUCAAAUUUAACAUCAAACCACUUUCACUGCAUUACGUUCGUUUAUUGAACUCGAGUCUUAAUAGAAAUGGCUAGUUUAUUAUUUUAUCACUGUAGUUAAUAUUUUUUAUGAUUAUGAUACGUAUAUCUUAGUAUAGUAAUUUUCCGUAAAAUGUACGAAGCAGUAAUUGCAAAGCAUGAGUUAAAAAAGAACAGAGAUGUGCUUAUGUCCUUUUCUCGUAUUCGUAUUUCGUUUUGCGUUAUUGUGCACUAGCCUUUAAGUUCCUAGAAAAUAAGGGUGCAGUCACAACUCUGAAUGGUUGCCAUGGUAGCGUUCAAGAGUGAGAGAGAUAAAAUAAUUUUCUAUCUCUCUCACUCAUGUACGUUACAAUCACUGUGACUGUAUUCUAACCUCAAAAUUGUUGCUUUUUAACCGUGUUUUUUACAGACAAAUUUCUCGCGAGUAAAAAUAUCGUUUUUAGAAAUAAAGUUGAUUAUAAAUCAAUUGGAAUCAUAAUAUUGUUAAAGAUUUUGUAGAAAGGCAGUAAAGAAAUUGUUUCAAUUAAAAAAUUUUCUCUUUAUUUUAUUUUAUUUACAAUUUGAGGACUUGCAGACUUGAAAGAUCACGUUCCUCGACGUAAUCGUGGAUAAUUAUAUAGCAGACUCUUCUCUCACUAGAAAAAGUAAUAGUGGGUCAUACCUACACGAAACACUUCAACACACUCUCUUCCGUUUAUAGUAACGUAUUUAUAUAUAAUUCACUAUUUUAAUUUCCAUUGUUAUUGGAGAAAAUUUUUUACUCUGUAAAUAAUUAUUUUUCUCGUUUUUAAAUACUAUUGACCGUUUUUUAAUUGUAUAAUUUCUUUCUUUAUUUUGAUGAAUCUUUUUCCUUGUAGGAUAGACAUUAGAAGACAUUAAAAUUACGUUUUGCUUAGAAAAAAGAGUUAUAUAAUGUUUGUUUGAUAAUAUAUGUGACGCGCUCCACGAGGUAAACGAUUUUAGGUUAUGUUUGGUAAUUUUUACCGUGAUUAAACUUAUACUUUUAAUUAUUCGUUUUGUUUGUUGGCUUCUUGUACCCGUAGGUCAAACAUAACCUAUAAUUUUUCGCGAAAGUCUCUUUCUUUCUUUAAUUAGUACGAUAGAAAAGGAAAAAAAAGUAAAAGUUACUAGAUUGUCCCUAGACCGCCCACUGUCGAUCCAAAUAAAAAAUCUUCGAAAUGUCGUAAUUUUAAGCACGUGUAUUAUUAUUUUUUUUGACGAAUAAGCCGAAUUGAAAUCAAUCGUCUUUUUUUUGCUUUUCAUGUGGAUAAAGAUCGCGUAUUGUGAAUUGGAGCACUGCACACCAGCCAAUUAGUUUUAGUUUCCGACACGCUCGUUGAUUUCUAAGAAUAUCUCCUGCUAUUAUGUCAAAAAAACAAAAAAUUCUUUCUUUCACAUACGUGUGAUUUUUUAUUAAAAUAAUUUUAUUAACACUUUAAAAAGGAUUAUUAAGUAAAUAAUUACAACGCCGAAAGUAGAAUAACUGCGCUCUUCGAUUGGCUGUUAAAAUCCAAUAUCCGAUGUGAGUGCACCCUAAUUAGAAAUUGAGACGCGGCGUCCUUGUUCACACCGACCCAACCCUGCUUUAGUGAAACUUUCUUUGGUGCUUUCUUUUGAUAUUCCCCUUUCUUUGUGUCAACUGCUCUGUAACGCGUCGUAUUUAAUUUCGCCUGUGAAAUUUUUUCAUAAUUUAAUUAUAAAAGACGAAUCGAUCAAAAUCAAGUAUACGAAUUUCGUCUUCCGAUAAGCGAUGAAGAUGAAUUUCCAAACCGAAUUUGUCUCUGCAGCAAGAGAUGGAGAUGCUGCAAAAUUUAAAGAAAAAUUCCAGGAAAUAUCCUUACGGGAAGAAAAAAAUGAGCAAAUUUAUUUUGCUUUAUAUUUCGCUGCUUUUAAUGGGAACAUUGAAAUUGUGAGAUUUUUGAUGGAAUGUAAUGUUAAUCCGAACUUCACCGUUGGAACAUUUCUCACACCUUUGCAUGCGGCAAUUUUUAAAAAAAACCACGACAUCGUAGAAAUUUUAUUAAAUAAUAAUGCCAUUGUGGAACCCAAGAUAAGACUUGAAUCAGGAGAAGAAAUAAAUUAUUUUUGUUCUCCCCUCAUCGCUGCGGUCUUCACAAAAGAUGGAAAAUUGGUGGACACACUUUUAAAAAAAGGUGCCAAUAUUAAUGCAAAAUUGUUAGCGGUAGAGGAGGAGAAACUGAAGGAUUUUAUGGCGAACAACAAGAAAGGUGGAAAUUCUUCGAAAAACAUUUUAAAUUUUGGCACCUUCAAAUACUACGAUUUAACAGCCAAAUCAAAUUCGUUCUCUAUUGCCGGAUCGUCAGUUUUGCAUCUGGCGAUAAAAUCCGGCAAUGAGAAUAUUAUAAAAAAUGUAUUAGAUCAAGAAGGCAUUGAUUUAAAUCCCAAAAGUUGUAAUGAUUUAACGCCACUGAGUCUGACUUGCCAUGGGGGUAAUUUGGCACUUGCUAAAAUUCUCCUGAAAGCUGGAGCCGAUGUCAAUUGUACUGUAGAUAAUGGAAAACAAAUUCUUGGCUAUUGUCUGAAAUGGUUGCACGAUAAUUAUUUGAACAAAUUUUCUUACUACAAAUACGAUAAGAUGGAGUGGAUCGAGUUGAACAAACUUUUCAGUUACUUUUUGAAAUUUGGCGCCAAUCCGAAUGGAUGGUCAACGGGAAAGCGAGGAACAGUUCUUCACUAUGCCGCGAGCAAGGGAAUGGCCCACUCGGUUCAUAUUCUUCUGAAACACGGCGCGAAUCCGAACGUCGCUGAUGGAAACAAUAAAACCCCUCUCGAAUAUUCGAUCAGUAAUUUACUAAAACGUUUGGACAGGAUUCAAAGACUAUUUUCAUUCACGGCCCAUGUCGACGAUUUCGACCGUCGAAUCAGUGAAGAAAGACUCGCCGAACGUGAAGCGGAUCGAAAACGAGAAUACGAGAAUCGAAAGAUCUACAAUCUCACUCACAAUACGUACACUUAUAACGUAGUGCAAUAUAUAAGUCACUACGCCGAUGAUGGGGGUUUCAACACAGUUCGUGAUCCAGUUCCGAAUCGAAUGGUAGCUCAACUAUUGACCCGAGAACUUGUCAGAAUGGAAGAGCUCGGCACAAGGAUCAUUCAGCAGAAUAGAAAAAUACUCGAGUCGACAUUUGUCAAACCGUACUAUACAAGAUGUAAAAAUGAAUUGAAGAAGUUGAAGAAAACGAAAAUUAUCGAUGGUUUGAGUUAUUAUGAUUUUCUGUUCGCCAGUGAAGAAAAAUUGGCCGAAUAUAUGGAGAACGAAAAUAUUGUCUCCGAAUUUAACGAAGGAAAUUAUUGUCGACUAUUUCCUAACUAUAAACGGAAUUUGAAAUUAAAUGUUAAACGAGGAUUGAAGAGGAAUAGAGACGAUGAUGAUGAUGAGGAUUCGACUGGUUCCAGUGAUGAUGAGGUUCGAAAUUCGACACAAAUGCGGAACACAAUAAUAAAAUUCUGGAGAUCGUACGAAGAUAUGUAAGAACGAUUUCAAAUAUCGAAAACCUUUUUUUAUUUUGAAAUUUAAAUUUGAUUUAAAUUCUUCUUCUUUAAGUUCUUCUGUUAUUUAAAUUUACUUCGGUUAAUUUAUAAAUUAUAAACGAUAAAAAUUAUAAAGAAUUUGAUUGAAAUUCUUCUUUUUCUUCUUUUAGUUCUUCUGUUAUUUAAAUCUACUUCGGUUAAAUUACAAAUUCUUUUACUGAUGUAGAUUUCACAAAUCUAACAAAUUUAUUUGUUUUGAAACUUAAAAUUAAAAUGUUUUUCUAUUAUUAUAUUUACUAGAAUAAAAUCAGUUUCUGUAUCAUUAGAUUACAUUUCAUGCAAA